AUGUCCUCUGUGGUCGCUGAAAAGCAACAGUGCUCCCUACUUCACUUGGCAGCUGAGAGUGGACAUGUUGGUGUUGCUGAACUCCUCAUUCAGGCUGGAGCACAGAUGGACAGCCGGAAUAAGUAUUGUGACACCCCACUUCACAUGGCAGCUGAGUCGGGGAAUAUGGGAGUUGCUGAACUACUCCUUAAUGCUGGAGCACUGGUGGACAGCAAAAAUAAGUAUGGAGUCACCCCAUUUCGUAUGGCCAUUUUGAGAGAACAUUAUGGUAUUGCUGAAUUCCUUAAGCCUGGGACACUGGUGGACGAUAAGGAUGGCAAGGCACCUAAAUCACAUUCAGAAAUUACUCCAGAAGAAGUCUCAUCCCUGUCGCAACAACUGAUAAAGAGCCUCAACAUUGGUGCAGAAGGAGGUGACAGCCUCAGCAUUGGUGCAGAAGGAGGUGACAGCCUCAGCAUUGGUGCAGAAGGAGGUGACAGCCUCAACAUUGGUGCAGAAGGAGGUGACAGCCUCAGCAUUGGUGCAGAAGGAGGUGACAGCCUCAGCAUUGGUGCAGAAGGAGGUGACAGCCUCAGCAUUGGUGCAGAAGGAGGUGACAGCCUCAGCAUUGGUGCAGAAGGAGGUGACAGCCUCAGCAUUGGUGCAGAAGGAGGUGACAACCUCAGCAUUGGUGCAGAAGGAGGUGACAGCCUCAGCAUUGGUGCAGAAGGAGGUGACAACCUCAGCAUUGGUGCAGAAGGAGGUGACAACAUCAGCAUUGGUGCAGAAGGAGGUGACAACCUCAGCAUCGGUGCAGAAGGAGGUGACAACCUCAGCAUUGGUGCAGAAGGAGGUGACAACCUCAGCAUUGGUGCAGAAGGAGGUGACAGCCUCAGCAUUGGUGCAGAAGGAGGUGACAGCCUCAGCAUUGGUGCAGAAGGAGGUGACAACCUCAGCAUUGGUGCAGAAGGAGGUGACAGCCUCAGCAUUGGUGCAGAAGGAGGUGACAGCCUCAGCAUUGGUGCAGAAGGAGGUGACAACCUCAGCAUUGGUGCAGAAGGAGGUGACAGCCUCAACAUUGGUGCAGAAGGAGGUGACAACCUCAGCAUUGGUGCAGAAGGAGGUGACAGCCUCAGCAUUGGUGCAGAAGGAGGUGAACUACAAACCACGUCCUGUAUCGUCAGUGUGCCACCUGGAGCCGUUACCAUGCAAACAGUGAUCACUUGUCGGAUCAUCGACCCCAAUGACGUCACACUGUCUCUUAGGGAUGGAGACAUGUUAGUGAGUGACAUCAUUGAGCUGGGCCCACAAGGAACAACCUUCCUCAAACCUGUCACUGUACGUCUGCCGUACAACAGCACGUUAUCAGGUGACACCAGGGAACCAGUCAUAUGGGUCACAGAAGACAUGUCACAAUGGAGAGAACUCAAAACAACCAGAAAGAGCAAAGAGCAUAUCACAGUUACCGUGGAUCACUUUGCCAUCUUUGCUGUCAUCAGUCAACUCAAACGAGACCACUUUUCUGUAUCUACAAAAGGAGUCACAGUGACAUCAUCAACCCAGCCUACUGUAAUAAUCACUAUCCCUGAGCAGUCAGUGAGCACGCCGAUUCAAGUGAAAUUACAGGUUCAAGAAAUUUCCAAAGAAGUAUUGGAGGACAUGAAGGCCAGGGACCAGUCUUCCCACAGCCUUGUUUGCACCAGCCCGAUAGUGAAGAUCGAAGCUGCUGAUCAGUUAACAGUACACUUCAACAAGCCAGUCACAGUGCAAGUGCCACAUCCUCGGCACUACAUGGAGGUUCCACAAGGUGGCGCCACCGAACUGCGUGUGACAUCAUCUGAGGAGGGGACAGACCAGUGGACAGAUGUGACUGAUGAUGUCAACAUCCGAGACCUUGGAGAAUUUGUUGAGUUCAACGUCACAGAAGCCUCCAGCCAUAUCAUACUCGAUAUGCAGGCUGGUGGCAAAUCAGAGGAAAUAGGACCGAUUCCGUUGGCACUUUGCAAUUGGAUUCAUCAGCAUGAUGCACAGUUCAUGCUAAUGCAGCGGGAGGACAACCAAAAUCAGUUCCUCAUAGAAUGCUGCAAAGUCAGUGACACAGACGACAAAGAGACUCGUGCUGGUUACAAGGCUCCAGUACCAAGCAAAAUAGUAAGGCUGUGUGAAGGCCAAAAGGUAGGAAUAAACAUAGAAGGCAACGUGUCAUUCGCACAGUUCGGCAAGGCUGACAAGCAAAUAACUUUCCACAGUCAGAUAAAACAUAACCUCCUCCAUAUCACAGUCAGAGGUGAGAAAGAAGGCAAAGGCAAGACAGAUUUAGACGGAGAGGGGUUUGUGACGUUCUAUGCCUUGCCUCGCGUUUCUGUCGGAGUAAAUGCCCAUGGAAAGAAAGUAUGCAGUGUUCUGAGGAAGGAACAAGAACCAGAAGAGCAACCCAGCUCAAUCUUUCUGUGUGAACUUUCGAUAAAAGUACUCCCGGCUAGACAGAUGGAAGACCACCUGCAGGUACUUACAUUCUUUUAUAUUGGAUCAAAUGAAAAAAAAAACUAUUACAGACGUAUGGCUGAUUACAUCUACUUCAUCAAGGAAAAAGCAAGCACUGACUGGAUGGACUUGGCCCAUUUUCUUGGUUUCUCAUGGACAGACAUUCAAAACAUUGCCGAACUAAACCGUGACAAUAAGAAAAGCUGCUGGCACAUGCUGGGAAAGUGGAAACGGAAGAAAGGGAACUUUGCAACCAUAGAUUUGCUGAUGAAGGCUCUAAAACAGGCAGGGCUGCAGAGUGUGUUGGAUGGUUUGAAGGAGAAAUUCCCAGAAACAACUGUGAAGGAAGCACCAGUGGCUGAGAAGUAA